AUGGCUAAUAGUCAUACUACUGGCCACCACGACCACUUGCAGCAAGAUAAGCUUAUCACAGCCCUUCGAAAGAACCGACCGGCUACGCUCAAUGAAUUGAGGAGUAUACCCCUGCACUCGUUCAACCCUACACCGUUGGGAACAUCAGCUACGUUUACGGUGUGCUGCACCAUGGCCUCGCUACAGACCUUAUCGGCCUGUCAACAUGGCUACAUGCGUCAUACAGUAUACCUCUUCUGCACGUAACGAGAUGGUUGCGGGUACGAGUACAGCGAGGAAAUCAACUUUAAUCAUUAUGAACUUUAGUUUUAAAAUUGACCAUAACAACAAGAUCGUUGA